AUGUCCGUCAAAAGCCGCGUCUCGAUCAUUGUUGCCGAUAUAACAAAACUGGAAGGAGUCGAGGCAAUUGUCAAUGCAGCUAACUCGUCCCUUCUUGGUGGUGGCGGUGUUGAUGGCGCAAUCCAUCGAGCGGCUGGUCCUGAGCUCAAGCGUUAUUGUGAACACGAAUUUGAAGGCCCUAAGAGAUGCCCCACGGGAGAGAGUAGGAUAACUCCAGCAUUCAAUCUGAAGCAUUGCCAUGUCAUCCAUACUGUUGGACCAGUUUGGCAUGGCGGGAACAGGAGGGAGCCAGAGUUAUUGAGGAACUGCUACCGAACGUCACUCCAGCUGGCUACAGAAAACGAUAUUGACUCGAUUGCUUUCCCUGGUAUAUCAACUGGCAUAUACGGCUACCCUCUUGAUGCAGCAUCGCAUGAAGCUGUUGGCACAGUCUUGGAAUACCUCAAAUCUCAUAGUAAACCCUCCAAGGUCGUAUUCUGCGCCUUCGCCGAGGAGAAUGCCGAUAGCCUCAAAAGAGCCCUCGACGCGAGUACUGAUUGA